GGGUCCCAUCAGUUCUUUUCCGCUGGGUUCUUGGUAUGGGAUAGCAUUCUCAAGAAGGCCUCUGACUUAUCUAUGUUAAGUAAUACUGAUGUUGGACUUAUGAUGUUUUCUCCUACAGGGCAAUUUACUAGUUUUGCUAGCAAGGGAAGGAUUGAGGAUAUCUUUCUUCGUUUCUUGGACUGGUGUGAUGAAUGUGGACAACCACUCGAAAACCAUGAGCUCUUGCGCAAAAGCUUGAAGCAUUUGAAGUAUGAAGCAGAAAUACUGGAUAAAAUAGGACGCAUAGAGGAACUUGAGAGAAAACUAUCUGACCUCCACCGAAAGAAAUCUGAAGCUGAGGAAAAGAUGAGGUCUUAUAAUCCUGAUAUGAUUCCGAAGCUCUCAAUUUCUGAAGCUACUCAUCGACAGCAAAUUGUUAUGGACGCAAUUCAACGAAUUGAGAAGUUGAAACAUGAAAAGCUGCUUGAGAAAGAGAUUUCGCCUUCAAAUCUGAAUAAAGUCGAGAUGCCUGCACUAGUGGUGGGCUCAAGUUCGGCAGCGGCAGAAGUUACAAACUUGGAAACACAAAGGAAUCAGUUACCAGAUGAUAGCAACGACAAAAACAUCGAAGAGCUGGAACCUUCGACAAGUUGAGGACAUGGCAGCUAGCGAAGGUCAUAUGUCUUGGAGGCAUAAGUUUCGAGGAAAAGUGCAGCAUCAUUGUGGAUAGACUAAGUAGCCCGAAAAGUUUAUGGUUUUCGUAAAAGUAAACAUGGUUAAUAGUUUUAGCCUAGUCAAGCAGUUCCCUUCCUCAACAGUGUUUGGGUUUAAACCUUAAAUAUCCCGUUACCCUACCUUAGACUUCUUUUUAUGUAAGGAAUAAAGAGAAACUUAUUAGUGUGUGCCAGUAGUAGUUCUUGCAAUCUUGUACUCCUUGUCUGAAGUCUGAAAUUUUGGAAAUGGCAAGAUUUAUGGU